UUCCCCGGCGCCUACGACGGCACCGAGCCCGGCAUCCACAUCGGCAUCUACUACCCCGCCCCCACCGAGUACAAGAUGUUCGGCCCCGCCACCUGGCCCAACGCCUGCUCCGACCACACUGCCAACCUCGACGGCCAGGAGUCCGACGGUGACUGCACUGGCGACGAUGGCGCCGCUGCCCCCGCUCCUGCUCCUGCUCCCGUCCCCGUUCCUUCUCCUGCUCCUCCUGCUGGCGGCAACGCCACCGUGCCCGUGCCUCCUCCCGCCGCCGGUGGCGACGACGAGCCCACGGCGCCCGAGGAGACCGUUCUCCCUGCCCCGGUCGAGACCGAGUACCCCUCCGAGCCCGAGUACCCCGUCCCCGCGCCCACGGAGCCCGUGUCUCCCCCUUCGGCCACGGAGCCCGUCACCGCCCCGCCCGCCGAUGGCGAGGAGGACACCGGCUGCCCUGCCACCCGCCGCCGCCGCGCCCUGCGCAAGGCUCGCAAGGCCCGUCUCGCGCGCCGCCAGGCUCGCUUUGCGUACACUGUCUAA